AUGGCGUGCAUUGUGGAUGAGGUUGCGCCGGAGACAAGUUCCUGGGCUGACCUUGCCUCUUUCAAGCUCACCGUGUGGACUACUAAUCCGGAAUCAAUCCCGUCCCUUUGCUGGCUGGCAGUGCCGGAGCCGAGGCAGGUGUCGCCUUUGAUGGAGCCUACCAUGCUACAAUACAAGGUUCUGAUGCAUUUGGAUGCGGUGACUGACUACUCCGGCAUGGUGGAGCUGCCAUGGCGUUCGGGUGGUUCGUCCAGCAGGGGUCAGAGUGGCCUUCCGGACUCUAGCAACAGUGGGGGUGGGGCUGGACCGGUGACGAUGCGUCGGCAUUGGCAGCGUGGUGCUCGGGAUGUGCGGGGUGGUCAGGUCGCGGGUGCUUGUUCUGGCGUGGGCUCUCGCCGGAGUCCUGGGGUUGGUGACGGCGUGGUAGCUGGCUCGUCGCGGGCAGUGCAGGACUGGAGGCUGCCUCCCAUGGCCCCGAUGACGGAGUUGGUGGAUGUCCGUCCAAGGGUGACGAUAAGGGAUAGGAUUUCCGUCAGGCCUUCUGCUUUUAACCGUGCAGUUGUUCCUUCGAAGGUGACGCCGGCGGAAAAUGUGUUGCUACGUGCACUUGGGCUCACUCCGGAUGAACUGGAACCUGAUGAGUCCAUGGUGGAGGAGCUCAAGGAGCUGUUUGAUUCACCCCUCAGAGAACAGCAUGUCAGAGUGAUCGCAGCUAUCUUCGGCAAGUCCCUCCCGCCACCGGAAGAGUUGUGUGCUAACAAUGGUUUUGCUUAUCUUCCGGCGAUUGACACACGUGGAGGGGUUCUUUUGGCAUGGGAUACUACGGUGUUCCGGGUAGAUAACAUUAGCACUGAUACAUACGGUCUUACUGGUUUGGUUCAUAACAAGGAUGGUUUUGAGUGGUGGAUCACGGUAGUUUAUGGGCCCCAAGGGGACGAGCUUAAAAUGGAGUUCUUAGGUGAGCUGAGAACACGACGCGCAGUUUUCCCUGGCUCCUGGAUGCUGCUGGGCGACUUCAACAUGAUUUUGAGGGCCUCGGAAAAGAAUAAUGCCAACCUCAAUCGCAGAGUCAUGCAAGAAUUUAGGUCCUUUGUGGAUGAAUUGGAGUUAAAGGAGUUACACAUGCAUGGAAGACACUUUACUUGGUCCAAUGAAAGAGACAGCCCGACUCUCACAAAGAUUGACAGGGUGCUUGUAUCUGUGGAUUGCGACAUGGCAAAUCCGGACUGCUUCCUUCAGGCAUUGGGCUCCAAUGUUUCUGAUCAUGCGCCCCUUCACCUUAGCACCAACGCUAUUAGCAAUCCAAAGAGGAGAUUUUGCUUUGAACUUUAUUGGGCUAAGCUGGAUGGUUUCGAGGAUGCGGUGAGGGAGGCUUGGGCACAGGAGUGGAGACAGUUGUCUAUGGAAGAACUUUGGUUGCGACGGGAUCUUAAGCUGGCUGUGCUCAGCCUCGCAUCACUUGAGAGGACAAUUGUGAGGCAAAGAACGAGAAUUAGGUGGAUCGGAGCUGGAGAUGCAAACACGAGAUUAUUUCAGGCGGUUGCUAAUGGCAGACACAUGAAAAAUUAUAUUGCGCAUGUCAAGAAAGGGGAGGAGAUCAUCACUGAUCAGGAACAAAAGGAGCAUGUAUUUACCGAGGCAUACAAGAAUCUCCUUGGCAAGCAUCGGGCAAGAGACUAUACUUUGGACAUGGACUACUUGGGAUUGGAAGCAGCAGAUUUAGAAGAAAUAUGGAAUGUUAUCAAGGAACUUCCAGUGGAUCAAGCACCUGGCCCAGAUGGUUUCAUAAGGAUUUUCUACCAGAAGGCAUGGCAGAUCAUCAAGCAUGACAUUAUGGCAGGGGUCAUGAAAUUGUAUGUUGGAGAUGGACGUGGUUUCUCUAAGUUGAAUAAGGCGUUGAUUACCCUGAUUCCUAAACGUCCGGAUGCCGAGGGAGUUGACGACUAUCGACCACUCAGCCUCACGCAUAGCUUCGCGAAGCUGUUUGCCAAAGCUUUGGCGUGCCAUGCAAGAAGGAGGAUGUCGGAUAUUCUGGGGGCUAAUCAAUCGGCGUCCAUCUCAGGAAGAUGUUUACAUGAUAACUUUCUGCUCGUAAGACAGAUUGCCAGGAAGAUCCACGAUAGGAAGAUACCGGGAGUUUUCCUGGAGCUGGACAUAACAAGAGCUUUCGAUUCCCUGGCCUGGCCGUUCCUUUUUCUGGUGCUGCGUCACAAGGGUUUUAGCGAAAGAUGGGUUGGAUGGAUUGCAAUUCUGCUGUGA